UUUAUUGUUUGAUUAGUUAUUUCCCCAAAAUUUAUUAGGUUUCGAAAUUUUGAUGGGUUUGGGUUAUUUUUUGGAUAUCAAUCUGUUCAUAUUGGUAUGGUUUUUGUUGAUUUAUAUGGAUUUUUUUUUUUUUUGGUAUCAUCCGGCGUCGACGCACUCAACCUCAAGGUUUUGUUAAUUUGUACUGGUGUCAUCUCUCUUCAAUUCCAAACCAGCAUUUUACAUGGUUUUGAGAAGAAUGUUUUAGUGGUUGGAACAAAGGUUUCAUCUGUCUUGACUCUGGACAGUGAGACUGGAAACAUGCUAACCACUAGCAGAGUUCAACCCAAGAAACCUUCAAAAGCUCAAUUCAUGCAGAGCUUGGAUGGGCAGGACCCAAAUGCUCCAGAUCUGAGCAAACGGAAUUCAUUGGAGGAUGCCAUUCCAAAGCAGUUAGUUUUGCUAUGUUCUGAGAAAGCUGUGUAUGUCUAUUCUUUAACACACAUCAUUCAGGGAGUUCAGAAGGUGCACUACAAGAAGUGUUUCAAACCUCUUCUUGUUGCUGGCCAUCAACAUUUUAUAGUUCCUCUGAUGUUAACUGGCUUAUUCUCCUUUUUACCAGUGGAAAAAUUCAGAUAAGAUGGAAGCUAUGAAUAUCAUAAAUGUGCCAUUAUGUCUCAGAUUUUGGCUUAUAUCUUUUGUUGAAUGCUACUACUGGCCAAGAAAUGAAACUUAUGUACUACAAAGCACUUGAGUGAUCAAAAUGAAAGAUGCAAGUGAUGAAACUGUUAUAUAUUGCUAUGUUUGAAGGUGGGAAUGACUUGUGUGAAGGGUGGAGUGGGUUAGCCAAGGAGAUUGCACGAGAUGCUUUGCAUAUAAGGAUAGCUGAUGCAUGUAUAUCCAUAUUUGAAUUGUUGAUGAUUAGAUAUAGUUGUAUUUGAAUAUCAAAUAUUUGAUAAUGAAUUGUUGAUGAUUAGAUUAUUUGUAUUUAAACACUAGAGGAAUAAUAAGCAACGAAAAAAUUGUCUAAAACUA